AUGCGAUUCAUACUCGCCUCCCUAGCUCUCGUAGCUAUGGCCUCCGCGCAAGAAACAUGUCGGUUUAGCAUGAGCGUGCAGAGUACGGACCCGCUGGGCGCAAUGGUUGGAAAAAAUGUGGUGAGGAGUGGGAAUGGAACGAUUUUGGUGGAUGAGAUAGGGGGUGGGAAGGUAAUGAGAUUUGUGAAUGAGGGGGAAGGUUCGGGAAGUGCGUUAGGUUGUAAUAAGGAGAUGAAGAGACAGGACGCGGAUAUGAUUAGUAUGGGUUGUGAUGGGGUGGUGACGAGAUUGGUCGAUAAAGCUCUGGCUACGACUACGACGAGAUUUAUUACUUGUAAGAGUGCUGGUAAUAAUGGCACACAAGAAAUCCUCGCCAAAAACACCUGCGGAACAUCCAGAACCCUAACAACCUUCAAAUCCACCACCCUCUGCCACCCCAACUGUCCGAACUCCCCCUUAGCAACACCAACAACCCCCUCAAUCUUCACACCCUACACCGCAGCCCUCCUCGCCACCUCCUCUCUACCCACCUCAACCACCACCACCUCCAUCCCAACCUCCAAAACAGGCUGCCCAAUCCAACUAAUAAACAGCACCACCUUCGUCCCACCCUCCCUAAUCCUCCCCUCAGACACCACAACCUUCCAACCCUUCAACCACUCCCUCACACUCACCCCCACCACCACCACAUCCCUCUACUUCUCCAUCCCCCUCUACGCACCCUUCUCCUACUCCCGCACCUGCACCCUAAUCUACCUCCAAGACGCGCUCGCUCCCGUCAUUGGGCCCGCGACCUCUAACGUCGUUAUCAGCGCGCUGAGCGAGGAUGGGAGUUUUGUGGGGGAGAUAGCGCGCGCGACGUUGGGGAGGGGGAGUCAGGGGAUUGUGAAUUUUGCGUGUGGAGGGGGGAUGGGGGUUGUUUUUGAGGUUGCGGGGGAGGAUGGAGGAGAGGGAGGGGGAGGGGGAGGGGGGUUUGGGUUUGUGAAUAGUUAUAUGGCGCCUGCGGUGGGGUUUUUCUUGAGUGUUUGUGUGUAA